ACCGACCAAAGGACGAACCACCAACCUCGACAUUCACGACAAAUCAGUCAAAAUGCCGAGCCACAAGACUUUCCGCACCAAGCAGAAGCUCGCCAAGGCGAAGAAGCAGAACCGCCCCAUCCCCCAAUGGAUUCGUCUCCGAACCGGUAACACCAUCCGCUACAACGCUAAGCGGAGGCACUGGCGCAAGACUCGUCUGGGUAUCUAGAUGCCUCGCCAACCAGAAUGCCGAUUGCCAUUUGUUCUUCUUUCCUUGGACUCAAACUACCUUUACGAUACCGAAGUGCCCGACCACACCCAACUCGACUAUCCCGCUCGAACGAUGGAUGGUUAGGAGGAUUCUGAAACGGUUGGCAUGAAAACAGGGAGACACGGAAGGGAACAGGGAUCAUCAUCAUGAUGGGUUUUGACGACUGAGGAAAAGACUUCUCGGUCCCGGAAAACGGUGUCGGUUGCGCUGGCUUUUGCGGCAUUGCAUUUAGGGUCUCAGGGAAGGUUUUCAAAACGAGAAUUGUGAACAAGACUCUUGAGUGCUUCCU